CUCAGUCUGAGGCGGAGAGUGAAGAGUGCAGAGCUUUUCUGUUUGCUGUUUAAUUCCACUACGGGUUUUGUGCGUCUAUUCAAAUUCAGUUCAUCAGAAGAGCUGGGUGUCUAUGAAGAGUGACUGGUCUAUGGAUCCCGCAAUCAAACGACCUGCUGUCAGUGUGGUAGGAGAUGAUCAGACUGGAGACCUGCAGCAGCAUGCACUCCAACCAGAACAUGAUGAACUUCAGAGAGUCAAAGACCAGCACAAAACCAGCAUGAAAAACAAGUAUGAGAAAUUAUUUGAGGGAAUCAACUAUCAAGAGACUCAAACCCUCCUGAACAGGAUCUACACACAGAAUUACAUCAUAGAAGGAGGGAGUAAAGGAGUGAAUAGAGAGCAUGAGGUUUUACAGAUGGAGAAAACAGCCAGAAAAAUACCCUCACAACACACUCCAGUCUACUGCAAUGACAUCCUUAAAGUCUCAGCUGGAGCAGGACAUGAGGAGAAGACAAAGAAUGAGAAAGCCCAGAUCAAGACUGUUCUUACCAAAGGCAUCGCUGGAAUUGGGAAAACCGUCUCUGUGCAGAAGUUCAUUCUGGACUGGGCCGAGGGAAAAGCCAAUCAGGAUGUAGAUUUCAUGUUUGUGCUUCCAUUUCGAGAGCUGAACUUGAUCCGAGAUCAUCAGUACAGUCUUCACGAACUUCUGCUGGACUUUCAUCCUGAACUUAAAGAUCUGGAGGCCAAGAUUUAUGAGCAGUGUAGAGUUGUGUUCAUCUUUGAUGGUCUGGAUGAAAGCAAAAUCACACUGAACUUUUCAGAUGAGGAGAAAGUUUAUACUGUGACUGAAUCUUCAUCAGUGGCUGUGUUGAUGUGGAGCCUCCUGAAAGGAGAUCUGCUUCCCUCUGCUCUCAUCUGGAUCACCUCCAGACCAGCAGCAGCCCAUCAGAUCCCCUCCAAAUACAUCAACCGUCUGACAGAAAUUCAGGGAUUCACUGAGCCUCAGAAGGAGGAAUAUUUCAGGAAGAGAAUCAGCGACGAGCAUCAAGCCAGCAGAAUCAUCUCCCGCAUCAGAAGAGCAAGAAGCCUCCAGAUCAUGUGCCACAUACCAGUCUUCUGCUGGAUCUCCUCCACUGUGCUUCAGAAGCUCCUGGAAGAAGAUGUGAGUGCAGAAAUCCCUCAAACUCUGACUGAGAUGUACAUCCACUUCCUCCUGAUUCAGAUCAACAUGAGGAAGCAGAAGUAUGAAGAGAGAGAUCCAGAGAAGCUCCUGCAGUCCAGCAGAGGAGUGAUCCUCAAACUUGCUGAAGUGGCUUUCAGACAGCUGAUGAAGGGCAAUGUGAUGUUCUAUGAGGAGGACCUGAUUGAGAGCGGCAUAGAUGUCACUGACGCCUCAGUGUAUUCUGGGAUCUGCACUGAGAUCUUCAAGGAGGAAUCUGUGAUUCAUCAGAGGAAAGUCUACAGCUUUAUCCAUCUCAGCUUUCAGGAGUUUCUGGCUGCUUUCUUUGUGUUUUACUGCCAUUUAACAAAGAAUAGAGAACCGCUGAGGUUGCUUUAUGAGAGUAAAUAUUCAGAUGAUGAAGAUGUGUCAGAUGAUGAUUUAUCUGAAUAUUCAUAUGAUCAAUAUCUACAGGUCAUCUCUGAGUUCUCUCUGUGUCAUCUGCUCAGUUUAGCAAUAUAUAAAGCUGUCAACAGUAGUAAUGGUCAUCUGGAUCUGUUCCUGUGGUUCCUGCUGGGCGUCUCACUUGAGUCCAAUCAGAGACUCUUACAGGAUCUGCUGACACACACAGAGGAGAGCUCAGAGAGCAUCAGGACAAUCACACAGGACAUUAAAUACAAGAUCAAGACAGAUGAUGAUCUCUCAGCUGAAAGAUCCAUCAAUCUGUUCCUCUGUCUGCUGGAAGUGAAAGAUGAGACUCUGUCCAGAGAGAUUCAGGAGUUUGUGAAAUCAGACAAACACUCAGAGGAGGAACUCUAUGAUGCUUACUGCUCAACAAUCUCCUACAUGAUUGAGAUGUCAGAGGAGCCGCUGGAUGAGUUAGACUCUAAUAAAUUCAACACAUCACCUGAGGGAAGAUGGAGACUCAUACCAGCUGUGAGAAACUGCAGAAGAGCUCUGUGA